GCUCCUUGCAGAACGGAGAGCAGGCAAGCAAAGCAGCAUAUGUAACAGAGCCAAUUAGGGCGCCUCGUCUUCUUCCCGGCAGCUCCAAGCUGUAUGUAGUGUUAGCUUACUGCUACAAGCUGACCAGAACAGCUUGCUGAUCAUCAACCAUAUAUAGAGUUUGAGCUCAACCCCAAGGUCGGAAAUGGCUGCACCCUCCAGCACCCCGAGGAGCACCUCGCGAGUGAACUACUCCAACGAGAUCCACGACCUGUCCACCGUGCAGGACGGGGCGCCCAGCCUCGCGCCCAGCAUGUACUACCAGGAGAAGUCUUUGGCCGACUUCUUCCCUCCACACCUCCCCAAGAAGGUGAUAUCUGAGGUUGUGGCGACGUUCCUGCUGGUGUUUGUGACGUGCGGCGCGGCGUCCCUCUACGGGGAGGACGUGACGAGGGUGUCGCAGCUCGGGCAGUCGCUCGUCGGCGGCCUCAUCGUCACCGUCAUGAUCUACGCCACCGGACACAUCUCCGGUGCCCAUAUGAACCCCGCCGUCACCCUCUCCUUCGCCUGCUUCCGGCAUUUCCCCUGGAUUCAGGUGCCCUUCUACUGGGCGGCGCAAUUCACCGGGGCGAUGUGCGCCGCUUUCGUGCUGCGGGCGGUGCUGCACCCGAUCUCGGUGAUGGGGACGACGACGCCCACGGGGCCGCACUGGCACGCCCUUGUCAUCGAGAUCAUCGUCACCUUCAACAUGAUGUUCGUCACCUGCGCCGUCGCGACCGACUCGAGAGCGGUGGGUGAGUUGGCGGGGUUAGCAGUUGGUGCCGCGGUUUGCAUUACGUCCAUCUUCGCAGGGCCUGUGUCAGGAGGAUCGAUGAACCCGGCGAGGACUCUGGCACCGGCGGUGGCCAGCGGCGUCUACACUGGCCUCUGGAUCUACUUCCUCGGCCCCGUCAUCGGCACCCUCUCGGGAGCCUGGGUCUACACCUACAUCCGCUUCGAGGAGGCCCCCUCCAUGAACGGCCCCCAGAAGCUCUCCUCCUUCAAGCUCCGCCGCCUGCAGAGCCAGCGGUCCGCCGCCGACGACUUCGACCACGUCUGAACGGCCAGCUCUAUGCUCUAUACACUAGGCCUGUAUAAGGGACGUGCGUGCGUACGUAAGUGCGCGUGUACGCGAGCGCGGCCGGGAAGAAGACGGCCAUUAAUUUGUACGAUCGGUCGAUCAUCUACGUGUGUGUGUAUGUGUACCUUGUACAACGUAGCUCGUCCUGUUCCGAGCUUCGUGCCUGUAUGUGUACCCUGGAUACGUACGUACACAGCGUGACUACAUGUCAUGUAUACGUCUUGGUUUUUUCUAGUUUUCUCCAUGUGCCUACGUGCAUAUGUUACCUCUUUCGUCAAUUGUACUGCGUCAGAGGUUGCAUAACCGACAAUGAUGCAGCUGAGGAGCUUGCUUGUAUGUUACCCGGUAUCAGUUGAAAAGAGCUUCAUAGAUUUA